GUGUGUGUGUGUGUGUGUGUGUGUGUGUGGGUGUGUGAACUUCCUGUGUCAGAAGUGUCUUCUGUUUUUCUGCACGGUUUACUCUCAGUCUGUCUGCUGAUCUGACGAGUUAACAGCACAUCAUAAAACACUCCUGAAAACAAAAUGAAGAUAGCGGCCUUCAACGGCAAAAACCUGGGCUGGAAGAAAGUCACAGACAAGGCGGUCGUUCACAUCCUCACCAAGAUCAUGUCCCAGUACAGUGUGGUGGUGCUGCUGGAGGUGAUGGAUACGAGCGGGAAGGCCAUGCAGAGGUUACUGAGAGAGCUCAACAACAUCACCUCCAACAGGAACAGUCCUUUCUCCAUGACCUCCAGCUGCAUGCUGGGACGGGACAGCUACAAGGAGCGCUUCGUCUGUUUCUACAGGGAGGAUGAUGUGAUUCUGGAGGAUUGUCAUCAGUAUGAGGAUGAGCAGGUUGGAGAUGUGGACGCCUUCGCCAGAGAGCCGUUCAUCCUGCGCUUCAGGUGUCCCUCCACAGUGCUGAAGGACCUGGUUCUGAUCCCGGUUCACACUAAACCGGACGACUCUCUGAAAGAACUGGACGAGCUGCACGACGUGGUCGACUCCGUCAGGGAGAAGUGGGGAACUGAUAACAUCAUGAUUUUAGGGGACUUUAAUGCCGAUGGACGUUAUCUCUCCAAGAAGAAGAAGGACACGAUCCGGAUCUCCUCCGCUCCGUAUCACUGGCUGAUAGACGACGAUGUCGACACCACGAGUAGCAACAGCAACGACCACACCUACGACCGGAUUGUGGUGUUCGGAGAGAGCAUGCUGAGCGCGGUCGUCCCCGGAUCGGCCAAACCCUUCAACUUCCAGAGAGAGUUCCACCUGACGGACGAAGAGACUCUGAGUGUCAGUGAUCACUACCCUGUGGAGGUAGAGCUGAAGCAGAAAGCAGCGAGAAAAAGAUCAGGGACGACACCGCCCGCCAAAGGACAGACUCAGAAGAAAGGACCACAGAAGAAGAAGGCAAAGCUGGUAACACCACAGAAGAAGAAGGCAAAGCUGGUGACACCACAGAAGAAGAAGGCAAAGCUGGUGACACCACAGAAGAAGAAGGCAAAGCUGGUGACACCACAGAAGAAGAAGGCAAAGCUGGUGACACCAGAGAAGAAGAAGGCAAAGCUGGUGACACCACAGAAGAAGAGGAAGUCUCCAAACACACCAACCAAGAGGAGACGUGUAGAGAAAUGAAACUAAUAGACCUUCAUUUGUCACUUCUAGACCUAAUUCUGUCUUCCUUAUUUGAAACGUGAAGAAAGAUAAAAUCGACUUAAAAAUGUGAUUGUUUUUAGCUUUACUGUGCUGAAAGCUUAUGGUGGUGGAGACCAAAACCAGAGCUAAAAGAGAGGAAAUGUGUCUUGGACUCAAAGACUCCUCAUAUCAACUCAAAAUGUGAUCAGUGUUCAUGUCUUGUUGUUUCCCUGACCCUGCGCUAACACCAACCCUACUGAUUAAAUCCUGCAUGUGCAAUAUCAUAUUUCAUUUAUGCAACCAUUGGGAUUUAACUGUUGAUGUUAUUAUAUUUAAGUUUGUACUUAUUUAUUAUAUCUUCCCUUUCUCUGAUUGCUCUUGCACCGUCCCUUUGAUGCUGAAAAUGACCGCACUGAGGGACUAAUAAAAGAGGAUCUCAA